AUGAAUUUUUUAAGAUUAAUUUAUUUUUCAGGAUCAAUGCAUGAUAUCAUGUUUUUAAUCGUUCUAUCUUAUACGAUAUUAUUUAUCAUUGGGACUUUAGCAUUUUUAGGGCAAAUUUUCAAUUGAUCCUUUUUAAGCUCUUUGAUAAGCUUGCUUGUGUUUGAAAUGAAAGUGUCGCUGUCGAUAGUAUUUUUAUUAUUCUCUAGUGAAGUGACAACAAGUAUUAGAUCAAUGUCCUAUAAUAUAUUCAAAUCUUGGAAAGCAAGGCAAGAUAAUGGCCCUAAAUAUAUCGAAAAAGCUCUUUUAUUCCUGUGACUAUAUGCAAUAGCAAUAUUGAACAUUUACUUAUUGUGGAAAAUGAAUCAGUUGUUUCUCGAACUGUUUGAGGAAAAAACUUGAAUACUUAAGGAAGGGUUUUAUUUAGAACUUGCUACGACUUUUGAAAUAUGACUUUGUUAUCCUGAGACAAUUGAAGAGAGUAAUUAUAAUAGUGUAUUUGGAAUUUAUACUUUUAUGAGGCUUGGUGCUCUGCUUAUUAGUCAAAGUCCUUUUUAA